GGAUUUCCUUCUGUUCUUGUUAAAUUACUUGACGUCGCCAUUUUGUGUCUCAGUUUCUUCCUGAACUUUUCUGAAGAUUUCACGACUUUCGUCUGAACUGUGAUUUAAACCAACAUGGGAGCUUGUUUGGCUUUGGGUUCCCUUGCCAGCUGUGCGUCCUGUUUGUGCGGCUCGGCCUCUUGCCUCCUGUCAUCAUGCUGCCCGUCAACGUUCAACUCCACCGUGAGCCGGCUGGCCUUCUCCUUCCUGCUGCUGCUUGGGACUCUGGUGUCUGUCAUUAUGAUUCUCCCAGGCAUGGAGGAACAUCUUAAAAAGAUUCCAGGUUUCUGUCUCGGUGGGACAUCCAUACCUGGCACAGACAACAAGGUGAACUGCGACAUCAUUGUCGGCUACAAGUCGGUGUACCGCAUGUGCUUCGCCAUGGCCUGCUUCUUCUUCCUCUUCUCCGUCAUCAUGAUCCGAGUGCGCAGCAGCAAGGACCCCCGAGCCACCAUCCAAAAUGGAUUCUGGUUCUUCAAGUUCCUGCUGUUGGUUGGCAUAGCUGUGGGAGCUUUCUUCAUUCCAGAUGGCAUCUUUAAUACAGUGUGGUAUUACUUUGGCAUGGUGGGCUCUUUCUUCUUCAUCAUCAUCCAGCUCAUCCUGCUGGUGGACUUCGCCCAUUCCUGGAACCAGUCCUGGCUGCAGAGGGCAGAAAAUGGAAACUCCAAGUGCUGGUUUGCAGCUCUGCUGACCUUCACCAUCCUCUUCUACGCCUUGGCUUUCACCGCUGUCGUGCUUUUCUACGUGUUUUAUACCCAACCUGACGACUGCACCGAGCACAAGGUCUUCAUCAGCCUCAACUUCUUAUUCUGCAUCGCUGUGUCCAUCGUGGCCAUUGUGCCCAAAGUUCAGGAGGCUCAGCCCAGCUCAGGCCUGCUCCAGGCCUCAUUCAUCUCCCUUUACACCAUGUAUAUCACCUGGUCAGCCAUGAGCAACAACCCCAACCGGCAGUGUAACCCCAGUCUGUUGAGUUUGGUCCAGACCGUCACCCCAACUCCAGCACCGGGACCGGCUCCCACCCGGGCUCCUGGAACCACCCAGUGGUGGGACGCACAGGGCAUCGUGGGAUUGAUCAUUUUCUUGUUCUGUACUCUUUACGCCAGCAUCCGCUCCUCCAACAACACCCAGGUGAACAAGCUGAUGCAGACUGAGGAGGGCCAGGGUCUGACCAACAAUGAGUCCCAGGCAGGGGAGGACGGACUCCAUCGGGCCGUGGACAACGAGGAGGAGGGAGUCACCUACAGCUACUCCUUCUUUCACUUCAGCCUCUCUCUGGCCUCCCUCUACAUCAUGAUGACUCUCACCAACUGGUACAUGCCCGACACCAAAUACCAGGUCAUGCAGAGCACCAUGCCGGCCGUAUGGGUGAAGAUCUGCUCCAGCUGGCUCGGCUUGGGGAUCUUCCUCUGGACCCUGGUGGCCCCGCUGGUGCUCACCGGCAGAGACUUCAGCUAAGAACGGUGAAGUCUGUCAACAUGUGGCCUGUAGCCUGUUGCUAAUUUGCACCUUUUAAGACAGAUAACUUUAGCUUUGAAUAUUGUGAUUUACUUGCAACUCCACGUUUAAAAUUGGAGAAUGAAAUGGUAAUAUGCUUUGUUUUGGACCCGAAGCCAUUGCACGCGUUACCUAAAUGUUAAUUUUUGUGCCUCGAGUUGAAAUUUGACGUUAAAAGAUUGUUUGAGAUUAGCUUUAAUCACGCAUUCAGGUAAUUUUUUCUUCACUGUCACAAAUCUUAUAAUUGAGAGCACAACAUGCCUUUUAAAGGACAAGACGAUGCCUUUGGAGAAUUGAUGUUUUGGCUUUGGUUCACUACAUUUUCAUUAGUUGUUUGUACUUUUUCUUGUGCCAUUUAAAUCAGUUUGAUAUAAUGGAAAGGUGUUGUCCAAAUUGUUCCUAGUUAUUCCUUUUUUUUUAUUGCACAGCUUUGUUCUAUUUUAUAACAAAAGUGCCUUAUUAUAUUUUACACACAAGUUAUUCAGAGGGACCAUUUUGAUAUCUUUAAAAACAUUUUAGGACAUUCAGCCUUCACUGCUUCUACUGUAUGUGUACACUCUUCAUUAUAAUCAAUAAAGUUGACAUUCUGUUUAAUGUCUUUAAUCAGA